AUGCAAGACACUCUGACAAAGUCUGAUGAGUUUGUCGUUGGUGAUGGAGACGACACUCCUAUUGCUCCUCCUCAUGUUGUCGUCGCAGGUGGCGAUAUGAUGAAGACCAACAACACAUUCUCAAGGGCAAUGGAUUUCAACAGUGAUGCUUAUGAUGAGAUGGAUGACUACAACUACCAAGAUAUCGAUGAGGAUAGCGAUAAUGAAUGUGUUCAUUUGGAUCCUAUUGAAGAUGAUUUCCCUGUCUCUUACAACAACAAUAAUAACAACAUUAACAACAACAACAAUAUCAACAAUAUCAACAACAUCUACAACAACAAUGUUGAUCAUUCUGGAAGGUUAUUCGAAUCAUAUCCAACAAACCCACAGACCCAGAUCAACAGUGAGUUUGCCAAACAAAUUGUACAAUCGCAGAAUAAGAUGCUUUCUCAUAACAACAAGAAGAAGGACAAUGACAAAUUGGUGAUGGGAGUCAACACACCUCUUAGCGAUUACCUGGACCCAACACUAUGCACACCAUUCACCCUUGAGUUCUUGAAGGACCAGGGUAUACAGACCUUGGGCCAGAUGGCAGUGAUGGAGGAUUUGGUCGCAUUGGGUGACAUCAUUGAUGAUCCUUCCAUUCCCAUUCUUCAGACCCUUGUUCAAGAGUUGCUUAUUGACCGAUGUGCAUGGCGAGAGUUUAUCAAACCAGAAAUCGAUAGCAGCAAUGUCAAUGUACACUCCUCCCCUAUGGUUCUAAUUGGACAUACAAAUGAGGAUGAAAUGUUCCUAAAGUCCAUCAACAUUUACACCAUCAACCAGCUGCUACAAAGCAAGGCGCUUCCAGAGAUUGCAGAUUCUCCAAGACUUAAGUUCUAUAUGAACAUGGCUGAGAGGGUGUCCUUUGGAUCGGCCCACCCAUUCAGUGAUGUCUCCAAUAAGGGAGCGUCGUCAUCUUCACAAAAUACUUUAGUGAAGGCACCAGAGAUCUUUGGUUACUUCUAUGCAAGCACCAACUUCCAUAGACAGCUCGAGACUGGAAACAUCCUUGUCCCAUCUAUCAAACAAAUAUUUGAGGACUACAUCAAGAGAGACACCAACCUUCGAUUCCAGCAUGAGUGGAGAGGAAUAUUCUCUCGAUACUUUACUCUAGCCAAGAACAGCUUGAACGUUAACAAUCCCACUGAUCUGGAUGUUUAUACAUAUUUGACGAUGAAGUCGAUCCAUGGCUUUGGUGGUCUGGACGGUAUUACAGGAGUGCGAUUCUUCUGGAGUGACAUCAGAGAUACAGACUACUUUGACUCCCUACCAAAGAUGACCAAGUUGGACUUCAAGUACCUGUACCAGAUCAAACUAUCACAUGCAGUAUCAAAGGGACUUAAACUUCAAUUAUUCGUUCCAGAGACCAACAAUGUAAAGGAUGUGAACCCUGUCGGUCUGGAGGCAUCAGUCAUCAAUAUCAUUGAGAAGACAGUGAAUCCAGUUCUCCAUGAGUUCAAACACACACCUUCCAAGUCUCCAGAUCCCUACUUGCACGUUCCACAAGGUGUCCUCAUUCCAGGCACCGGUGCCUUCUGCACAUCAGAGUUCUGUGUUCUACCAAACGCGGCAGAGUUGACACAGAAUAAGUGA